UUGUCAUUUGUUUGAUCAAUGAAAGAUAUUUAGGAUCUUAACUUUUAUAUUGAGCAGUGGAUACCUUGAGGGCUGUCUUGUUCUUUCUAUCUCCAGUCUUUAAUCUUCCCCCCUUCUCUCAAAAAGUAACACCUUUUGAAGUUUUCACUUUGCUUGCCAGCAACUACAACCACAACAAUCAAAUCAAUAGUUGAUAUUUAUCAACGAUUGCUUUACAGUCAUGAAUAAUCUAACCAACAAUGCUCCUAAUACUGCAACGAAGCUCGAGAUCUUUAAGGGUAAGCUAGCGACACUGAAGAAUAAUGGUACCAUUUUAAGCAUCAAAGACCUCGCAGAGGAGCUCUUCGAUCUUACUCUUGAAGAGGCAUCGACGGAAUUAGGAAUUCGUGAUGACCCCAUGGGAAAACAAGCCACACAGGCUACGCAGAUAUUGAAGAUUUAUUUGAUCCUGUCGGAUGAGGGAUGUAGAAGAGUUGUGGAACUUAGGAGCCGGGUAAGUUAUUUCAAUGCCCUUACGCGACAUAUUAAUUUCAGAUUCGCAUGACCUUCUCGUGGAACUGUCCUUUUUGUCUUCCUCUACUGUUCUUCUACUUAUGCAAUUCAAAACCGCGUGCGGAUCACUAACGUUUGCACAUAGGGAUGGCAUGAUAACAGAGAAGAGGGCGACGAGCACUUCCGACAGCAGCGGAAACGUGCUGAUUCGACCACUCCUGAGGAGGAACGUAGCUUUUACAGGAUGAUGCAACAAAUUGGGGACGAAAUGCAUAAGUGUCACCAUAUCUUUACUAUACCUUUCGUCCCAGACGGUCAAGUCAAUAUCCUCGAUCUUUGCAUGGCUCCAGGGGGCUAUACAGCAGCAGCUCUCAGCCAUCGCAAUGGAUUUAAAGCGUAUGGCAUCACACUGGCUCCUGAAUCUGGUGGUCACACUGUUAUUAUCGACAAAAAUCGUCUCCAAGGCCUCAGAUUCCAUGAUAUCACAAUGUAUAAAGAGUUUUGCCCGAGUGAUAAAGAGAUCCCCGAGUUUUUCAGGUCCAGAUUUAGUGAUGUUAGGCCCUUCAAGUCUAUCAAGUAUCAUCUCGUAUUUGCGGAUGGAAAGACUCUUCGUACCCACGAUCGCAUAAAGGACACCUAUAAUGCCAAUCUUAAUAAGGAAACGGUACGCUUACAAACUUCGCAACUAAUCCUCGCGAUGAACAGAAUGCACAAUGGAGGCACCCUGGUUAUGUUACUGCACAAGGUUGAUACAUGGAACUCAGCUUUCUUGUUGUACACGUUUUGGAAAUUUGCGGAGAUUGAAGUCUUCAAGCCAGCUAAAAAACACGCUACAAGAAGUAGCUUUUACAUGAUUGCAAAAAACAUCAAAGUCAACCAUCCGGAGGCACUCAGGGCUAUUGAAGAAUGGCAGGAAGACUGGGUGGGUUCUUUUUUUUCUUCUGAGCUAAUUCACCUCUUCAUAUCCCCUAUGUUUCACGGUUUGGGCAUUGUAAGAAAUCUUCUUGCUACGAGCACAACUGACUCGCGAUUUGCAGUAUCGUGCCACAUUUGGAGGUCCAGAAAAUACGGGUUUACCAAAGGAGGAGCCAACAGAUGAGACAGUUCAAGAGUUGUUACUAGAAUUUGGACCCGAAUUGGUCAAGUUGGGACACAAGGCUUGGAUGAUACAGGCGAAUGCAUUGAGUCAGACAAGCUACGCGGGCUCAACGACCGAUGGUAAGCUUGAGAGACUUUCUAGUAGGCUCGAUGAUAUAAAUGAAAAGUUCGGGGUAAAGGUGAAGGUUGAGGAUGUCGCAGUGAGCUCCGAAAAAUGAUGGCAAGGAUGCAGAGGGUGUCAACGAAUUGAUUGAACCAUGUUAGCCUGUUUUCAUGCUGCUUCCAUGUCGUUUUACCUUCAGGAAAUAUUCACUAAGAUGAUGUUGCUUUACUUUUAGGGGUCAAAUUGGGGUUCAGAAAGCGUGUCUGGAGUGGGCUCAAGGACAUCUUUAAUGAUCAUCAUGAGGAUGUGAAAAUGGAGCGCGGUGUGGGAUAUACGCCAAUUUGUGGUAGAGGAGCUGGCGGAUGGGCAGUGGGAAGUGAUGGCCAAGUUAUUACUGGUAGCGGGGCUAGAAUUGAUGAGCAGGCUACUGCUGGUCACACCAUUCGUACUCCGGGAGACAAUAGAGCCAUGUUCAUGAUGGGAUCUUAACUCGGUUUGCCUCGCGUGUCUGGAGCUGUUCCGAGGAUUGAAAUGGCUGAUAUCAUGUUGGGAGGAUGUGAUCUGUUUGAAUGACAGUGAACAUCACUCUCUCGCAUAAUAUUGAAAAUUUGUGUCCACUCGUAUAGGUACUACAGAAUGGGCAUUAAUACGUGUUUUCUAAUUGACAAACUAGAAGCUCUAAGUGUCUAACUGUACGAUAUACCGGCCUACGUAAGGUAACAAAUCUCUACUGCCUCAAGCCGUUGGAAGAACACACUUUGUCACUUCGAUAACACCCAUGUAAACUUCUAAUCUGACCACAUAGAACAAAACC